CAGAUCCUGCUGUCUCUCAGUGUGUAUAUAAUAUGGAGAGCAGCUCACUCAUCCAGCACUUGACUCCUGUCUCCUGGAUCUCGAACUCUCACUCCGGUCUGUCUCUGUGUGAAAUCAGACUUUCUGCUAGAAUGAGGAACCUGACGGCUCUGCUGUUUCUACUGUUGCUCUGCUCUCUUCAUCUGGUGUCUAGCGCUCCCAGCAGUUUUGAUUUCCAAAAUGAGUGCUGUUCAUCCACAACUAAUGUGAAAAUCCCUCUAAAUAAAAUCGUGACCUACAGAAGGACCAGCAGCAACUGCUCCAUCAAGGCCAUUGUCUUUGAGACUAAAUUAAAAAAGAAGAUCUGUAUGGAUCCUAUGGACAGUUGGGCCAAACGUUGCAAAGCGUCGGUAGAUCGUAGAAAAAAUGCACCCUCAAGUCCAAAACCCUGAAGCUCACCCUAAACAGCAUUUCAACACAGAAAACUAUUUAAGUUAACUUAGAGAACUUAUUUAAUAUAUUGUCAAAAUGUUGUAAUUCCUAUUUGUAUUUCUGAAAUAAAAAUCUGUUUUUUUUAAAAAGCCAUUUGUAAUUAAUGACUCAUACUGUAUGAUCAGCAGCAUGGAUUCUACUGAUAUGUUCUGACCUCUGAGCUUUAAUGUGACAGUGCCACAUAGUGUGUGUGAGAUUUCAGUGUUUCCAAUUAAUGGAAAAAUAAAAUUAAUUAACUCCA